AUGUUUCGGCAUAGCGUCCGUCGGUUCGCGACGAGCGCCUCUCGCCGAGCCGGUUCGAUGGUUGCACACGACCCGAGUCCUAGCACCAUCGCCAUCUCAAGAGCGCAAGGCAUUGCAAAGGGAUUGACGGGUGGAAUCGGCAACACGCCUCUCAUCCGUCUCAACACGCUCUCCCAACAAACCAAAUGCGAAGUCCUAGGCAAAGCCGAGUUCAUGAACCCCGGUGGCUCCAUCAAGGAUCGCGCGGCCCUCUACGUUGUCCUCGAUGCCGAAGAACGCGGCCUCCUUAAACCAGGCGGCACGGUCGUCGAGGGCACAGCAGGCAAUACCGGCAUCGGACUGGCGCACGUGUGCCGUUCCAAGGGUUACAACCUCGUCAUCUACAUGCCCAACACGCAAUCACAGGGUAAGAUCGACCUUCUGCGUCUGCUGGGUGCCGAGGUAUAUCCCGUGCCGGCGGUAGCCUUCGAGCACCCAGAGAACUACAACCACCAAGCGCGGCGACACGCAGAGCGGCUGACGGAGGAAGGCGGGAAGGGGAGCGCCGUGUGGACGAACCAGUUUGACAACACGGCAAAUCGGCGGGCGCAUAUCGAGACGACGGGGCCGGAGAUCUGGGAGCAGACGGGGGGAAAGGUCGAUGCGUUCACGUGUGCGACAGGGACGGCGGGCACGUUGGCGGGCGUUACCAGGUAUUUGAAGACGGUGUCGGGAGGGAGGGUCAAGAGCUUCAUUGCCGAUCCGCCGGGGUCGGUGUUGCAUAGCUAUGUGCAGAGCGGGGGGAAGCUAGCUGAGCGGAAGGGCGGGUCGAUCACGGAGGGAAUCGGUCAGGGGCGCAUUACGGAUAAUCUGGCACCUGAUAUUGGACUCGUUGACGACAGUCUGCAUAUUAGCGAUGAGAAGAGCAUCGAAAUGGUCUACCGGUGCUUGGACGAGGAGGGCUUGUACCUGGGCGCCAGCAGUGCGCUCAAUGUCGUGGCUGCGAAGGAGGUCGCCGAGAAAAUGGGCCCCGGACACACGGUUGUUACGGUGCUGUGCGAUGGUGCGUACCGUUACGCGGACCGCUUAUUUUCGAAGAAGUGGUUGGAGAGCAAGAACUUGCUAGGGUCGAUACCGAAACAUUUGGAAAAGUACAUUGUGUUGCCUUAG